GACAAGGAAGAGUCCCGGAGACAGAGAGCUUCGGGUUCAGCAGCGACGUCCGUGUCCUGAGCUCGUGCAAGGGCGAAAAGGUCAUCAGAAGCAAGGUGGAGGAGCAUCGAGGAGAACUAAGCGGUGGGUACUAAGCGCCAGCCCCGUUGGAUCCCCACCAUCUGCCGGAGAAGACAGCAUUAGUUAGGACGAAUCCUCUGCUCACUCACUUUAUGCAGUGACUGAUUCCGUUCGGUCCCCUUAGGAAGGAGAGCAGAAGGCGAGGGCCAGGUGAAUUCGUGUAUGUUUCGUACAAGGAUGGCGAUGAGUUGUAGGCAGCUUGUGUUUACUGCCGAUUUGGCCUUGCGGGAUGGCGCUGUGGAGAGUGGGCGCGCUAUGGGAGGAGCUGCCCAGUCGCCCAGACUUCGCCCUCAUACAUUCCGAGGUCUUCACAGGGACAGGGAUUCGUCUCCCGCUUCGCCCCGUUGGCCGUCUGGUUAUGUGGUACAGCAAUCCGCAGAUAACAAGUUUUGUGUGUGGGGAUCAAGAUGUCGAACCUUAAAAACCAACAGCAUUCGGUCCGAAGCCACGGCUGUAUCUUCGGAUAAUGUUGAAACACUUGAAGGCGUGGACUGGGAUAAUUUCGGAUUUGGACUUCGCCCAACGGAUGCCAUGUAUGUAAUGAAAUGUGAACAUGAUGGACACUGGGGAAAGGGAGAGUUGAAACCUUUUGGGAACUUGGAGCUUAGCCCUUCUGCUGCUGUUCUCAAUUAUGGUCAGGGUUUAUUUGAAGGCAUGAAGGCUUAUCGGACUGUUGAUGGGCGUAUUCUUUUGUUCCGACCGGAGGAGAAUGCUUUGCGUAUGAUCAAUGGGGCUGAUAGGCUGAGCAUGCCUGCACUUCCUGUGGAUGCCUUUGUCAACGCUGUGAAACAAACAGUAAUUGCUAACAAGCGAUGGAUCCCUCCACCAGGUAAGGGCUCCUUGUACAUCCGGCCCCUACUUAUUGGUUCGGGAGCUGUUUUGGGCUUGGCUCCAGCUCCGGAAUACACGUUCCUUAUAUAUGUGUCACCCGUUGGAAACUACUUCAAGGGAGGAUUGGCACCAAUUGAUUUGAAAGUUGAUAACUAUUACCAUCGAGCAGCGCCGGGAGGUACUGGAGGAGUGAAGACGAUUGGUAACUACGCUCCGGUGCUGAAGACACAGCUUCUUGCUAAAGGCAAGGGCUACUCAGAUGUUUUAUACUUGGACGCGGUAGAAAACAAAUAUGUUGAGGAAGUGUCAUCUUGCAAUAUCUUCAUCAUCAAGGAUGGCAGGAUACACACUCCUGAGCUCCGAGGAACUAUUUUGCCGGGAAUUACCAGAAAGAGCAUAAUUGAGCUUGCCCGUAAUCUGAAGUACGAGGUUGAGGAACGUCCAGUUUCUGUGGAUGAACUUUUGGAGGCCGAUGAGGUAUUUUGUACUGGCACAGCCGUCGUGGUGAACCCCGUCGGUAGCGUAACAUACAACGAUAAACGCGUUAAGUACAAAAAUGCAGGACUUGGUGGUGUUGCGCAAGAACUUUAUACAGCACUGACAGACAUCCAGACGGGGAAAGCGGAGGAUAGAUUGAACUGGGUGGUGCAAGUAGCUUAAAAGUGCAGUCUUAGAAUCAUACGUGCAGAACCAUUCUCCACAGUUUUCCGUAAUAUUCAGAGAGGAAGAAAGCCCUUAAUUACUAUUUUGUACAAUUGUCUCUCGUUUUUUGCCCUUGUACUGGCAGUACAAAAUCUGCCCACAUUCUUGACGAAGGCGUGAGAAUGAAUUUCGCAUAGCGGUUGUAGACCUUGAGGAAAUCGACUAAAAGCUUAGUUGGAGACCAGACUCCUGCUUGAUGAGCUUCCCUGCUGUCGACUAUCUCCAAUCCUAAAGUAUCCGGCGUUAAAAUGUACUUCGAGUAAUAUCGAGUUUUGAUCAUAACUUUUGGCUCUUUUCCC